AUGUAUUCUUGGAAGUCAAAGUUUAAGUUUGGAAAAUCUAAAGAAGAGAAAGAGGCCAAACAUAGUGGGUUUUUUCACUCCUCUAAAAAGGAAGAACAGCAGAAUAAUCAAACAACUGCCGGCGGACAUGAUGCUUCAAUUACUCGUUCAUCUUUGGACAGGAAAGGUACGAUAAAUCCAUCGAAUUCUUCAGUGGUUCCGGUUCGUGUUUCAUACGAUGCGUCUUCAUCGACCUCUACUGUACGAGAUUCAAAUGUCGGCAACUCAGAAACCAGCAACCCAUCUCCCAAUUUAGAGGAAACAGCGGAUAUUGGUUCUACGGGGACACCCAACGAUGCCACCUCAAGUUCAGGAAUGAUGACUAUCAAGGUAUAUAAUGGUGAUGACUUUAUUUUACCUUUUCCUAUUACUUCAAGCGAACAAAUAUUGAAUAAACUAUUGGCAUCCGGUGUUCCACCGCCACAUAAGGAGAUUAGCAAAGAAGUAGAUGCUUUAAUCGCGCAGUUGACCCGUGUUCAACUAAAGAACCAAGGUCCAGCUGAUGAGGAUUUAAUUUCUAGUGAGUCAGCAGCGAAGUUCAUUCCAUCUACUAUCAUGUUACCAGGGUCCUCUACCUUGAAUCCGCUACUCUAUUUCACUAUUGAAUUUGAUAAUACAGUUGCCACUAUCGAGGCAGAAUAUGGUACGAUUGCUAAACCUGGUUUCAACAAGAUAUCUACAUUUGAUGUAACAAGAAAAUUACCGUAUUUAAAGAUUGAUGUAUUUGCAAGGAUUCCCUCCAUUCUUUUGCCAUCAAAGACAUGGCAACAGGAAAUGGGUUUACAAGACGAGAAGCUACAAACUAUCUUUGAUAAAAUAAAUUCCAAUCAAGAUAUACAUUUAGACUCUUUCCAUUUGCCCAUCAACUUGAGUUUUGACUCUGCAGCCAGUAUUAGACUAUAUAACCACCACUGGAUCACACUGGAUAAUGGCUUAGGUAAGAUCAAUAUUAGCAUUGACUAUAAACCUUCAAGAAAUAAACCCUUGUCCAUCGAUGAUUUCGACCUUUUGAAGGUUAUCGGUAAGGGUUCAUUUGGUAAAGUGAUGCAAGUUAGAAAGAAAGAUACACAAAAAGUUUACGCUUUGAAAGCGAUCAGAAAAUCAUACAUUGUCUCUAAAUCCGAAGUCACGCAUACGUUGGCGGAAAGAACAGUUCUAGCACGCGUCGAUUGUCCAUUUAUUGUGCCUUUGAAGUUUUCUUUCCAAUCACCGGAAAAAUUAUAUUUUGUUUUAGCGUUUAUCAAUGGUGGUGAGUUGUUUUAUCACCUACAAAAGGAAGGGAGGUUUGAUUUAUCACGCGCUAGGUUUUAUACCGCAGAAUUGUUAUGUGCGUUAGAUAACUUGCACAAACUAGAUGUCAUCUAUCGUGACUUGAAACCAGAGAAUAUUUUAUUGGAUUAUCAAGGCCAUAUUGCCCUUUGUGAUUUUGGACUGUGUAAAUUGAAUAUGAAGGAUGAAGAUAAGACAGAUACCUUUUGUGGGACCCCAGAAUACUUGGCACCAGAACUAUUAUUAGGUUUGGGUUAUACAAAGGCGGUAGAUUGGUGGACAUUGGGAGUCUUGUUAUACGAGAUGCUCACAGGCCUUCCUCCUUAUUAUGACGAAGAUGUUCCAAAAAUGUAUAAGAAGAUUUUACAAGAGCCACUAGUUUUCCCAGAUGGAUUUGAUAGAGAUGCGAAGGAUUUAUUGAUUGGGUUACUAAGUCGUGAUCCGACAAGAAGAUUGGGCUACAAUGGUGCCGACGAAAUUCGGAACCAUCCUUUUUUCAGUCAAUUAUCAUGGAAGCGUCUGUUGAUGAAGGGUUAUAUUCCACCAUAUAAACCAGCUGUUAGUAAUUCCAUGGAUACUAGUAACUUUGAUGAGGAAUUUACCAGGGAGAAGCCAAUUGAUAGUGUGGUAGAUGAAUACUUGAGUGAAAGUGUUCAAAAGCAAUUUGGUGGCUGGACAUACGUUGGAAAUGAACAGCUUGGUAGCUCAAUGGUGCAAGGUAGAAGCAUUAGAUAG